UGUGUAUCAUCACUAGUCGCUAAUAUGCAAACUCACUCCAAUAGUACGCACUUAUCUGUUUCCAAUAAAAAUUAAAUACAUAUAUAAUACGACGCUUACAAGAGCCAGUGUAAUUACUUUGUUAUAAAAUUUAACCGAUACGAAAUAUAAAACAAUUCAAAAAGAUCACAAAAGACGUUAAAUCUAGUUUGCUACGCAUUAAGCUUGAAACGUUUUUACAACUGGAGUUGAAUAAAGCUCAAUUGAAAUUUAUUGAAAAAGUUAAAAGAGGCUUUUAAAUGGCUGAAAGAGCAAGUGAUGAGCGUUUUAAAGUGUUAAACUCUAGAAAACUCGAACUACCGCUAGAUGAAUAUUACAAACAGCAUGUUCGUCCUGAUCUGCCUAAUCUUAACUCCUCUAUUAGAGGCACGAAAAACGCCAACUGUGUAUUCAAUACAAAUGUUAUGGAUCUAACAUUGGAUGAGUAUUAUGAGCAGUUUGUGGUGCCCAAGGUGAAGCUGCAGGAAGAGCAAGCAAUAGUGGAGCAAAGGAGCAAACACUUUCAACGCACUCACUACUUUGGGCCGCGGUACUUGGAGCAGUGCCAGCACAAGCAGAAAGCUGGGAGGGCAGUACAAGAAGAUUUGGAGAAUAAAAUACAGGACAUACAAACAAAAAUAAUUUAAUCGAAGCAAACGAGAGGAAAAGAGAGGAAGAUAGCAACAAAUUUAACUGCGAUUUAAUACGAAUCGAAGGAGAAGAGUGAGUGAAAGAGAGAAAGAGGCAGCCAGACGGAGAGAGGGAGCACGAGCUCCAAACAAUUAUUAAAUACAAUUUAUUCAUUUUUAUAUGGUGCUAAUAAUGUGUCAACAGCUUGACACAAAAACCAUUUAUGGUGCUUAAAAUGCCAGCGAGCAUACUUUUAAAUAUAAUUCAAAUAAUGUCUUUUUUUAA